AGUAAUUUCCGUUUGGUUUGCUCACAAGUGAUUAGUCGCACCUGGAUUUAUCAGCGUGUAAAAUACUUUUUUUUUGUUUGUUUGUUUGUUUUAAUCGUUUCAAAAGUGUGGGUGACCCACGGAAUUACAGUCCUGGUGAUGGUGGAAGUAUGUUUGACCUUCUGCAUUCAAAGCUGUGAUUGUUUGUUUUUCCCCUCUUGAGCUGCCUGCAGUAGAAGCAUUUGAAACUUUCAGGGGUCAGGUCGGCCACCACGACCAAGGGUCCAGCAGUGAUAAUGAGCAAUCCAUCGAAGAUGAGUGGGUCCGACUUGGCGACGGGGAGCAGCGCUCCGGGGAAGGAAGAGCCGGUGGCCAACGGGCACGGACAUGGGCACGGGCAGAGUGAUGGCAACCCGUUUGCGGAGUACAUGUGGAUGGAGAACGAGGAAGAGUACAACCGGCAGGUGGAGGAGGAGCUGCUGGAGCAGGAGUUCUUGGAUCGCUGUUUCCAAGAGAUGCUGGAUGAGGAGGAUCAGGAUUGGUUCAUUCCGGCGCGAGACCUCCCUUCUGGGGUGGGGCAGCUCCAGCAGCAGCUCAACGGGAUCUCAGUCAGCGACAACAACAAUGCCGACGAGAUUGCGCGGAAGAGCAGUUUAAAUCCAGAGGCGAAGGAGUUUGUGCCAGGUGUGAAGUACUGAAAUCUUUUAGGACCAGAACAUGAACCUAAAAAGAGACUCUGUCUGGUGUAACAUCGGACACACGCUGCACACAAACUCGAGACUGGGAAUCGAGGCAAAUUUAUUAUGUAAGCUUUUUUUGGGGGGGGGGGGGCUUUCUUUUCAUCGUAUUUUAUUUCAAUUUUUUUUGACAGGGGACAGUAUUCUUUUAAUACUGUAGUUACUUUAAGAAAAAAAAUAAACUGGUGCAGUUUACACAGACUCUAAAUGCUUUUUAUGGACAGGCCACAAGUGAAUAAUGAUCCAUCUUGUAGAGACACAGGCCGACUGAAGUCCAGUAGCAUGCAACCGCUAAGGAUAAUUAAAUCGCAUUUUGGUGGUGGCAGGAGGGGUGUUGCCUGAGGCAAAGGAGAUUGCACUGGCAAUCUGAAGUUUAAAAUAGAAAGUGUGGGAUUUAUGUGAAAUCUGUGAUUUUUGUCUAAAUCCUAAUCUGAGAAUUUAAUUGGUUUAAAAGAAAAAAAAUAAUAAAUAGUUGAAGAAAGUUA